CCCAACGUAUAAUCCAUCUAUAAUACUACCUACCCAUUUCCCCGUCGUCCUUUAUUGGUCGACUCCCUUUUUCUUGUCCGAGACAUCUAUGCCAGAAGGAGACGCAAAACGUUAUAAAGUCUUUCAAAAGUUUAACAUAAAUACUCAUCAUGCCCGUCACCGCCAAAAGUCAAUCGACCUCCUCUUACAACAUAGCCAUCAUCGGCUCUGGCUUGGGCGGUCUCUCCGCCGCCAUUGCUCUCCGUCGUGCCGGCCAUCAAGUCACCAUCUAUGAACGAUAUGACUUUGGCGGAGAAGUCGGUGCGUCACUGUCGCUCGCCUCCAACGGCUCGCGGUUCCUACAUGAAUGGGAAGUGGACAUUCCGGCCGCUAAGCCCGUCAUUCUGCGGAACCUCAUUAUGCACGAUUGGUCGUCGGGAGAGAUUUCCGGCCAGUAUCCACUGGGAGACUAUCGUGAGCGGUUCGGAACAGACUACAACAAUUUCCACAGAAUUGAUCUUCAUAAGCACCUAAAAAAUGUGGCCACUGCCGAAGCGGGCCAGGGCCCUCCGGCACAGCUAAAAGUGUGGCAUAAAGCAAUCAAGCUAGAUCCUGCUCAAGGCAGAAUAGCGUUUGAAAACGGCACCGAGGCUGUUCAUGAUGUUGUCGUUUGUGCGGAUGGAAUUCGAAGCCAGAUGCGGGAGCAACUUGGCAUCACUCCGCAAGUCACGCCGUCCACCUCAUGUUGCUACAGGUGCAUCAUCAGCACCAAAAAGCUCCGCGAGUUGGGCCUUGGCGAGUUUGCCGAUAAUAGCGCCAUUGAGUUCUGGGGCGGGAAAGGCAUCGAUAAGAUUGUCAUGAGCCCUUGCUCUAACCACGAGGUCGUCAGCUGCUAUUGCUUCUAUCCAGCGGAAAAGAACGAUCUCAAGGAGGAUGGCUGGAAUAUCUCGUCCACGGGCGAGAAUCUGGCAGCAACAUUCCCCGAUCUGGACGACAGGCUGCGGCUUCUGUUUCGCAACGCAGAGGACAUCAAGAUGUGGCGCCUUUACAAUCAUGAGCCUUAUCCUUAUUGGGUGAAUGGUCGUUGCUGCCUCCUUGGAGACGCAGCUCAUCCCAUGAUGCCUGAUCAGUCUCAAGGCGCUUGCAUGGCUCUCGAAGAUGCUGGUGCGCUUGGUAUCCUCUUCUCAGCCGAGUAUGCGCAUCUGUCUAUACCAGACAAGCUUCAAAUGUAUGAGCUAGAGCGCAGGCCACGAGCCUCGCGUGUGCAAGAGAGCAGCCGCCGAGCCAGAACAGACAUAACAGAGCGGAUUGGCUGGAGCAGUGCCAACGACCGGCCGGGAAAGCUGACCAUUGAAGAGGUAUGCGGGUACAAUAUGCAUUCUCAUGUAGCCGAGCUGGUGGAGAAACUCGCGAACCCCUGA